UUUAGUAACAAUAUAACGGUUUGACAUUAAAACUGAUAUGAUAAUUUCACUUGCAAGCAAAUAUCGUCUUAGGAAUAAUUGAAAUAAUAAAUACUUUUUGUAACGAGAUAAAUUAUUUUUUUUUUUAUCAUCAUUAAAAACGGAAAUUCAGCGAUGCAUUUAUCAAUAACAUGUUUAAUAGCUGAGAUGGUCAUCAGCUUAUCAGUCCAUUGUCGAGGUGAGUCGGAUGGUUAUGUAAAUAACGAUAGCGGUGACUCUAAUUGCGGUAACAGUGGCUGCAAUGCAAGCAAUUUGGAAAAUUUUAGUCAACCUUUAACAUGGGGGUCCACAGAAAAUGAAGAAAUUAUAUUCGAAUCACUUACAUUGGAGACAUUAGAUGGUGCCUUAAAUGUUAUACGAACUUCUUUUUUCACUGAUGAAAAUAUGUGCAAAGGUUGUAGUUUAUUAUCAGAACCUGGAGCUUCAAAAGAAGUUGAACAAUUGAUAUUAGAUAUUGCUAAAGAUGGCAUCAGUAUUAUUGCAAGAGAUGUGGAUAAAAACGAAGUCGUUGGCACCAUUUUCAACGAACUAAUUAAACCUACAAUUGGAAAUGAAAAAAGCCAGUUAGAAAUAUCUGGAGAAAAUUUUAAGCACAACGCAUCAAAAUGUUUUGUAGAAGUGAAUAUAGAUGUCGAAUCACGAGUAGAUCUUUUUCAACGCUAUAAUGCCGAUUGUAUCAUGGAAAUGACGUUUAUAUCAGUUAGACAGGAUCAUCGACAAAAAGGGAUUGCUAAGUUAUUAGUAUCAUCGUCAUUGGAAUUAGGAAAAAAAUUACUUAAAGGAAUACCAGUAAAAACGUCAGUUGAUAUCGACGGAGUAUCGAUUGCCAAUGUUGAUGAUAUUCCUAAUCUUGCCGCAGCGACAAUGACAUCCACGUAUUCGCAAAAAGUGGCAGAUAAACUUGGCUUUGUUAAAGUCAUUGAAGUCAGCUUUAAUGAACUGAUAUUUGAAGGUGUACCACUAAGUGAAAGAAUAGGAGAUGUCCAUCAAACUGCUACAAUUGAUGUUAAAAGCCUUUCUACAAAUUAAUUGACAAUAUUCUUUUGUUUCGAUAUAUUAAUUUAUAUGGGUAGUUAAUGAUCACUACCGGGGAUAUAUGAUCAUGCAUGAUCAAGCCUGAUCGAACAUGAUUACUAUAGUUAUGUGAAAAGAAAGAAAAUAAAUAAACAUCUCAACUUUUAAUGAGUCAGUUUUCGGUAUUA